AUGCUGUCCAAUUCGCGUCGUGUGUGCGUGUGUUGGGAAUUAAUUAAUUGGCAACGAGCGUUGUACCCAGAUGGGGCAGAAACAUGCGAUAAUUUCCAAGGAGACAUUGCUAUACCUAACGCCGAUUAUUACAAACCAAGUAAUACGCCUCCUUCUUCUAAAAUAAAUAAAUCUCUUCAAGAAGAAGUUGAGAGACUAAAGAAAGAAGUAUUACUAGAAGGCCUUCAGGUGGAAGAGGAGGGAUUACCAGAUAUCUUAAGAAAAAGAACAAAACAGCCUUUGCAGCUAUCGCAAGAAAAACCAAAGAAGUACAACGAAGCCUCUAUUGUUUCUAAGGUUUUACCAGCUGGUUUGGAUAAAUCACUCGUGUUAAAAAAUGGCAAAUUACCUCCAGGAGAAACUUUGGAUUAUUUAGAACCAAUAAAUUCAGUAAAUAACACAAAUCAAAACGCAAUCGUAGAUAAUCUUACAGAAUCUGAGAGCUUAGAGCAAGAUGGUGUUCUUGUCGUUAACAUAUCAACUGAUAAUAUUUUAAAUCUUGAUGAACUUUACACGAAUAUCAAAUUGUCAAAUACCUCAUCUAAAAUAGAGGAAGUUAAAAAUAAAAUUCAAAGCAAUAGUCGCGAAAUUACAGGUGACACAAACAAUAAUAAUAAUAUUAAAUUUAAAUUACCUGAAAAUAUAACGGUAGCACCAGCACCAACAAAUGGAGUAUUAUCUUCAAAUGAUCCAGACGAAGAAAAAAUAAUUAAAAGUGUAAGUAAAACAAAAUAUAAGCAGAAGCCUGAGAUUAACGAGACCAACGACUUACUUCAACCGACGGAGAGUUUACAAACAUUGAUUGACGAUUCUAAUGAGCACAAGCGUCAUAGGAGGAGAAGGCAUGGCAAUAAACGGAGGUUACGGAAUAUACAGUCUAUUGAAAAAGAUGUAAAAUCGUCUGCAGAAGAAGAACUCAACAAGAAAAAGUUUUUUCGUCACCAUAAAAAGGUCAAACAUGAAUUCGAAUACAGGAAGUUUGAAAUACCCGAGCAUGAAUUCGAGGAAAAAUUUGAAGUCAAACCACCGCCAAAAGAAGUCGUUCCUAAUAAUGAUACCGAAAUAUUCAAGGAUUGGUUUUUUCGGGAUUCUGAUAUAGAUUUGGAUAUGUCUGAAAGUCAGUUUUAUAAUGCGACAGAUAGAAUACGACACCGUAGCGCACGUGCAGCGACAAAUCGCAAAGAGCGAAUAUGGGAGAACGGAGUAAUUCCGUACGAAAUUGACGGUAACUUUAGUGGUGCCCAUAAAUCACUAUUCAAACAAGCCAUGCGGCACUGGGAAAAUUUCACUUGCGUUAAGUUCGUUGAAAGGGAUCCCGAUUUACAUAGAGACUACAUUAUUUUUACUGAGAGGCCCUGUGGAUGUUGUUCCUUCGUGGGAAAACGAGGAAAUGGCGCCCAAGCUAUAUCUAUUGGCAAGAACUGUGACAAAUUCGGAAUCGUAGUUCACGAACUCGGGCAUGUCGUUGGUUUCUGGCACGAGCACACACGGCCUGAUAGAGAUAGGCACGUCCAAAUCAUCAGAGACAACAUAAUGACGGGGCAAGAGUACAAUUUUAACAAACUGACAGAAGAGGAAGUUAACUCUCUGGGACAGACUUACGACUAUGAUUCUAUAAUGCACUACGCAAGGAAUACGUUUAGCAAGGGCACGUAUUUAGACACAAUCUUGCCACUCGAAGUCCACGGGAAGAAGAGGCCAGAAAUCGGACAGAGAGUGAGAUUGAGUGCCAGUGAUAUAGCGCAAACCAACCUGCUCUACAAAUGUGCAAAGUGCGGGAAAACCUUCUUGGGCAACUCGGGGUGGUUCAAUUCGCCAGGCUGGGGUGCUGAGACGCCCCCGGCUACCUCCGAGCGCUGCGAGUGGCGAAUUGUUGCCACGCACGGGGAACGAGUUGUUCUAAAUAUAACUGAAAUUGACAUUCACAAGUCGGAUGGAUGUCGCUCGGAAUGGGUGGACGUGCUUGAUGGAUAUAUGCCAGAUGCGCCAGUGCUGGGCCGCAUUUGUGGUUCGGGCAAAGGGCCAGUCCUGAGAUCUACGGGAUCAAGAUUGACCGUCGUUUAUCAACCUGGGCUGAGGCCCAAACCGAAUCGGGGCUUUCGAGCGUAUUAUGAAGCCGUAUGCGGUGGCGAUAUAGAGGUAGACAGUAGCGGCCACUUGGAGUCACCGAACUAUCCUGAUGAUUACCAACCCAACAAACUUUGCGUAUGGAGGCUUACUGUGCCACAGGAUUACCAAGUCGCGCUACGAUUCCAUUCAUUCGAAGUAGAGAACCACGACACGUGCAACUACGAUAAGGUAAAGGUGAGGGACGGCGAUUCCAACGACAGCCCACUUAUUGGAAUGUUUUGCGGUCACAAGAUACCGCCGGACAUUAGGUCCACAUCAAACAAGCUUCUAGUGAUCUUCGAAUCGGAUAGUUCGGUGCAAAAAGCCGGUUUCUCCGCGACUUUCAUGAAGGAGUUCGACGAGUGUGCGUCUAUAGAUCACGGAUGCAGCCAUUCCUGUGUAAACACACUUGGUGGAUAUGAAUGCGCAUGUGAUAUCGGUUACGAGUUGCAUUCGGAUGGGAAAAAGUGCGAGAAUGCCUGCGGUGGUGUUCUCUACGCGCCCAACGGGACAAUAACUUCACCAUCUUUCCCGGACCUGUAUCCACCUUCGAAGAACUGCCUAUGGGAGAUAGUAGCACCACCUCAGCACAGGAUUACGCUGAACUUCACACAUUUCGAUUUGGAAGGAAGCAACAAUAUGUACCAUCAGGAAUGCGAAUACGACAGCGUCACCGUACAUUCGCGUCUAGGAGCGGACGUGUUACGUCGACAUGGUGCUUUCUGCGGCACCGUUCUGCCUGCUCCUGUCACUUCGGAUGGCUCCGUACUACGAGUACAGUUUACAUCAGACACUUCCGUCCACCAUUCUGGUUUCGCCGCAGCGUACUAUAUAGAUGUAGAUGAAUGUUCCGAUAACAAUGGUGGAUGUCAACACGAGUGCCAUAAUACCUUGGGAGGUUAUGAGUGCGCUUGUCACAGUGGGUUUACCCUCCACCCAAAUAAGCACGACUGCAAGGAGGGUGGUUGCAAACAUGAUAUUACACACCCACAUGGAACUAUCUUUAGUCCAAACUAUCCAGAUUCAUAUCCAUCACGAAAGGACUGCGUUUGGCAAUUCUCAACAACGCCAGGUCAUCGCAUCAAGUUAAUAUUUAACGUGUUUGAAUUGGAGCCGCAUCAGGAAUGCACCUACGAUCACGUAACAAUAUACGAUGGCGCUUCAGCUGAUGAAAAGACACUUGGGCGCUUUUGUGGAAGCAAGCUGCCACACCCAGUUGUCGCUUCACAAAACCAAAUGUACGUUGUAUUCAAAUCGGACGCCUCAGUUCAACGAAAAGGAUUUCUUGCUACAUAUUCCACUGCCUGCGGCGGGUACUUAACAGCGACAGAAACAGUUAAGCACCUGUAUUCUCACGCACGUUACGGUCAUGAUUCCUAUGAAUCUCUUGCCAAUUGCGACUGGAGUAUAGUAGCCCCAAUGGGUCAGUUCGUGCGGCUCACCUUCCUUACAUUUGAACUAGAACCAGAGGCGAACUGUGGUUAUGACUUUGUGCAAAUCUUGGGAGGAUUAGAAGGCAGUGUUGGACCUUAUGGAAAUUAUUGUGGCACAAAGAUGCCUCCGGAAAUAGUGUCAACAACUGAGGCUUUGCUAGUUAGAUUUCGAACAGACGACUCCAUAGUCUUUAAGGGAUUCUCGGCUUCAUACCAAGCUGUGAAGCCGGAUGUAUGGAGUGGCGAAGACAGUUCCGAAGGUGGAGAAGAUGAAGAUGAGGAGGAAGACGAACAGAUGCCCCCCCUGGUUGUCGGCAGAAGGGGUCUCCGAGCACCAUCGGCAAGAUACGUGAGACGACCCACGUGA